CUGACCGCGGCAGUAUUUUCCCUGAUAACGUUUCUACUUCCGGGUCACACAGAAAAUAAACAGCUAGCUUGGCUAGAGCGAAUGCAGCUUGUACCCCAAACGUCAGCGAUGAGAUAAAAAACAAAAACAAAACUGUAACUCGAAAAUAUCUCAUGAGGCUUCCUCUUCUGACUCUAGCUGCUAAGCACAUAUAUCCACUGAGAAACAUGACAGAGCCACGCAACCCAGGAAUGUCCUCCAUCCCUCAGACGGCUCCGGUGCACACUGACUCCACAUCUCCGGCUGUAGAGAUGGACCCGGUGGAGUACACCCUUAGGAAGCGCCUCCCCCGGAAACUCCCAAAGAGAAGGAACGACGUCUACGUCAACAUGAAGACUGAUUUCCGGGCUCAGCUGGCACGCUGUCAGAAGCUUCUGGAAAGUGGGGGUCACAGGGAGAUCUGUGUCCAUGGCCUGGGCCUGGCCAUCAACAGGGCUAUCAACAUCGCCCUUCAGCUGCAGGCCAGCAGCCAGGGGGCGCUGCAACUGGCAGCCAACACCUCCACUGUGGAGCUUGUGGACGAUCUGGAGCCUGAAGAUCCCGAUGAAGCCGGGGAGCCUAUGACGCGUACACGCAACAACUCUGCCAUUCAUAUCAAGGUUUUCUACCCUGACCCCCAGUGACCAGAAAAGGGGUGCGUUCAUUCGGAGUUCUCUGUUAGUCUUCAACUCUGAUUUGCUCCCCCAUAAACCAGUAGACAGAUAUGUGGGACUGUGGGUCUAAAGGCCUUUGCAGCACUACAGGACUGCAAAAUGGAGCGGAUAACAUACAGUAUGGUGGCUGUAUGUUCAUCAUUGAACUGUGUGGGAGUGCUCCAAUUUGAACCUUAGUUGACUGAUUACAUUAUGCUCUUUUGUCAUGUGUUUCAUUUGCAAAUUGUAACCAUUGUUAUUUUUCACAUUGCAUGUCUUGAAGCAACAGUGGUGUGCCAAGCAAAACCUCAGUGUAAUUGAAUAAUUGUAGACGUGUGCUUAUGCUAAAUCUGUCUUUAACUUUAAGGCCAUAAUGUUCUGUGUGAGUGUUUACAGUUUCAUGUCUGUAUGAUCUUUAAGAUACAAAUAAUCUGAAAGGCUGAGGUAUCCUAAGUUUAUAUUUCAUGGUGAUGUUGUUGUGGCAAAUGUCCACUAGAUGUCAGUAGUGUAUUUCAUUUUGGUUUCAAAUCCUUGAACUGCAAGUGGUGUGUAUGUUCAAAAUGAAAAUGUAAUGGAGAGCUAUCAGAAGGAUAAUGUAUUUGUCUUGACAAAAAUAAAAUCGUAAGGAAUGUAUCUUUAACUAUCACCAAUGCAUCGAGUUCAGGACAGUUGAUCAGGAUGUUACUUGAAUGACAUUAAGACCAGUUAGGUCUGUGGUAGCAGCUUGUAUUCAUCUGAAGUGCAGAAGCUUGUUAACUCCACUGAUUUGAACAAGACAAAUAUAAUGAAUGAAAUGGA